CCGUGUGCAAGCCUGGCUGCUCUGCCAAUGCCCAGUGCAUGGCGGUGAAAGGGAAGCCGGCGUGUCAGUGCAACACGGGGUUCAAGUCAGUCAACAACAAGUGCACUCCCGUGUGCAAGCCUGGCUGCUCUGCCAAUGCCCAGUGCAUGGCGGUGAAAGGGAAGCCGGCGUGUCAGUGCAAACGGGGUUCAAGUCAGUCAACAACAAGUGCACUCCCGUGUGCAAGCCUGGCUGCUCUGCCAAUGCCCAGUGCAUGGCGGUUAAGGGCAAGCCGGCGUGUCAGUGCAGCACGGGGUUCCAGCUGGUCAACAACAAGUGCACUC